UCAAGAGAUUUACAUCUACUAAUGCAACAUACUGUUAUGCAUUAGUUUCCUGACUUUAGAAAAAUAUUCUUGUACAUGAUUUUUCCAUUUACUGAUAACGUUUGUGGCCUGGACAGUUAGUCGACAAUUUUUGGUCCUAAGGGGCUGUUCUGUGAAAAGUGAGAGACAGCGAAGAGCAAACAAACCUGCAAUGAGCUCCUUAAACUCAACCUCUUUAAACACCACUAUUGUGCGUCCUGAGUUCUUUUUCAUCAGUGGAUUUUCCGAUAUUCCCCACACAAAAUACUACUAUGUGUUCUUGUGCUUUAUUUACAUUUUGUCUGAACUAGGAAACACUUUUGUCAUGUUUGUGAUUUACGCUGAUCACUGUCUUCACAGUCCGAAAUACAUUGCAGUGUUUAAUUUGGCUGUGUCUGACUUGUGUGUGAGCACUGCACUUGUUCCUCCAUUGAUUGACACCUUCCUGUUUAAAUCACAGUUAAUCUCUUAUGAGGCCUGCUUGACUCAUUUGUUUUUUGUUUUUUGGUUUCUCUUUAUGCAGUCAUUCACUCUCACUGUUAUGUCUUAUGAUAGAUGUGUUGCUAUAUGCUUUCCACUGAGAUACAAUGAGAUUGUGACAAAUAAAUCAAUGUUGGUAAUCACAACCAUAUUAUGGAUUAUUGCAGGACUGGCCGAUCUCAUACUUAUAGUUUUUAUCAACAGACUGUCAUUCUGCAAAUCCAUUGUAAUAAAAAGCUUUUUCUGUGAUCAUGGACCCAUGUUCCGUUUAGCAUGCAAUGACAACACUCCGAGUUUUGUGAUGAGUUGGUCACAUCCUGUUUCAAUUUUUUGGCUUCCAUUACUGUUUAUAAUUGGGACGUACAUUUGUAUAGCCCGUGCGUUAUUGAAAAUUGCAUCAGCUUCAGAGCGACUUAAAGCCAUGAAAACCUGCACCUCUCAUUUGAUCUUAGUGGGUGUGUAUUAUAUUCCUAUCUGUAUCAUCCAUGGAGCAAUAGGCUCCAUCGUUAACCAUAACAUCAGGAUUGUCAACACAUCUCUGGCGAUGGUCUUGCCACCAAUGUUAAAUCCAAUCAUUUACUCACUGAAGACAGAAGAAUUCACAGAAUCCAUUAAAAAGCAGUACAGAAGAAAGAAGAUACACAUCACUGUAAUGAAUAAUUAAAUAAAUGUUUAAUGACAAAUGACUGA